AUGCGUUUGUCAGGUGUACUCCGUGAAACAAUUUCUCAAGUCCAAAAACUUAUUAAAGAUGACUUGAACAUUUUGAAAGUCGAUAAAUAUAUUGUGAACGUCAAAGCGGGCAUGGGAGGCGCAGGUUUAGCAAGACACGAUGGGGUGGGAGGAAAUGGAGGAGAUGUUUACUUCGUUGCCAAACCAAAUCUUGCUUUUUCAGACAUCAAAAAACGAUUGAAAAGCAAAAUGAAAAUCAGGGCAGACAAUGGUGAAGCAGCUACCAAAAUUUCUUUGAUUGGUCAGCAUGCGAAACAUCAAUAUUUUGACGUCCCUAUUGGAAUUGAGGUUGUCAACAGAGAAAACAAUUCUUUGAUUUCUCGAUGUUCGAAACCAUUCCGUCGAUAUUUGAUCGCACGAGGAGGACAAGGUGGCUAUGCCAAGCUGAAUUAUAAGGGAACAAAAGGAGACAUAUUUGAUGUAGAACUGCAUCUGAAACUGCGUCCGAACAUUGGCCUACUUGGCUUUCCGAAUGCGGGUAAAUCAACCCUUCUGAAGGCGUUGGUACCAGAGAAGUCAGUAAAAAUUGCUGAUUACGCAUUCACUACAGUUAAUCCUCAAGUUGCUUUUUAUAAAAAUGAAACAAACAGUGAUGGUUUUAAUUUAGAAGAUCCUCCAUACACUUUAUCCGUAGCUGAUCUACCAGGAAUCAUUGAAGGUGCUUCGAAAAAUCGUGGUCGAGGAUACCAAUUCCUGAAACAUUUGGAGUAUGCUGAUAUUAUAGUUAUGGUUAUCGAUUCUCAAGGAUUCCAAUUGAAAAAUGAACUAGACUGUCCAUUCAGAAACGCGCUGGAAUCAGUUUCUCUACUCAACAAAGAAGUGGAGUUAUAUGAUCAAAAAUUGGCCAGAAAACCUAUUGUUUGUGUACUAAACAAAGUUGAUGCUUUAAAUGAAGAAAAGAAGAAGCAAAUCAACGCACUUGCUUUGUCUCUUCAAUCCCAAAAAUGGAUCGAUAAUGUUUCAGAGGAACUACGGCCGAAUACCCCUAUGCGGUUUGAACAUGUUGUACAGCUAAGCGCAAAAAGUGGUAAAAUCAAAGAAUUCAAGAAAGUGUUAAAUAUAAUGAAGCAUCAUCUACAUGAACUCAAAGAUGUAAAAGAAGAUCCAAUGGAAAGUCAGAAUAAGAGAAAAGUGUAUAUCUAA